CACACGCUUGAAGCCAGCGCUAACGGGCCGGCUGGGCGCGCGGGCCUCGCGACAUGGCAGAAUCCCGGAGACCCUGGGGUCCUUGUGCCGCUUGCCGUGCUGAAUUCCGCUCAAAGUCGGUGCUAUACAUAGCUGACAUAUUGUUACAUUCAUUUAGGCAUUGCCACGCUGCGCCUUGUGCACGUAGAGCGGAGUUCUGUCGUGGUCACUCCAGGAAGGGUCCGCCCCCCGCAAGAUCGCAGAUCGCAAGGUGCGGGGACUGUUUGAGACAGCCCCGGCGCAGUAAUACAGCUACGCUACGGUCAGUCACUUCGCGGUCACAUAUCACCAUGAUGCUCACCAAGUCCGCGCAGGCCGCUUUCAGCGGCAAGGUUGCCCGCCCGGCCAAGGCCAACCGGGCCCGCCUGGUGUGCCGCGCUGAGGAGAAGUCCAUCGCCAAGGUGGACCGCUCGAAGGACCAGCUGUACGUCGGUGCCUCGCAGUCGUCCCUGGCUUACCUGGACGGCUCUCUGCCCGGCGACUUCGGCUUCGACCCCCUGGGCCUGCUGGACCCCGUGAACAGCGGCGGCUUCAUCGAGCCCAAGUGGCUGCAGUACUCUGAGGUCAUCCACGCGCGCUGGGCCAUGCUCGGCGCCGCCGGCUGCAUUGCCCCCGAGGUGCUGGGCGCCGCCGGCCUGAUCCCCGAUGCCACCAACAUCAAGUGGUUCGAGAGCGGCGUAAUCCCCCCCGCCGGCUCGUACAACGGCUACUGGGCUGACCCCUACACCAUCUUCUUCGUGGAGAUCGUGGCUAUGCAGUUCGCUGAGCUGCGCCGCCUUCAGGACUUCCGCUACCCCGGCUCCAUGGGCCAGCAGUACUUCCUGGGCCUGGAGGCGAUCUUCAAGGGCUCUGGCGACGCUGCCUACCCCGGCGGCCCCUUCUUCAACCUGUUCAACCUGGGCAAGACCGAGGCUGCCAUGAAGGAGCUGAAGCUCAAGGAGAUCAAGAACGGCCGCCUGGCCAUGCUCGCCAUGCUGGGCUACGGCGCCCAGGCUGUGAUGACCGGCAAGGGCCCCUUCCAGAACCUGGUGGAGCACCUGGCUGACCCCGUCAACAACAACAUCCUGACCAACUUCGGCAAGCUGGUCGCGUAAGCGGCUCCAGUCAGCCGUGGCGGCCUCACGGGUGGUGGCGGCGACGCUACCGCUCGGUUGCUGCUCUUGCGUUGAUAAGAAAUAGAAGUGUGUGUUGACCGAGUGGGGCCCGGUACCUGCGGGCAGCCGCCAACCUCUACCCAAGGCUUGGCGGCGGGGCGCUGCCCGCGCCCGGCUCGUGUGCCCGUCGCUGGCGCCUGGCGCGUCGCGGCUGCGGCACGCGUGCCGUUCGGCGCCCUGCCCUGCAUCCAAGCAGCUGGACCUUUACCGGCUUGCCUGGAGGGGUGUUCGUGAGUUGCCGGGGGGGUGGGGAUUGCGCGUGGCAUGGCGCGCGAUCUCGCCUGAGGCCUUGUGCGUAUGUGUAACAGUGUUCCAUGCGAAGUUUUCCACUGAUUGGAGGGGCUAGAAGGGGGCGCGCAAGUAGCGGUGCACGCAUCUGGAGGUGACUGACUGGACGGCGCGGGUGCGGGCGCUUUCCGGGGCGCGGUCGGCUGGGGUGUGUCGUGCUUGCAGGCGUCACUUGUGUACAAUGCUGUCUGUGCCUGCGUGCGGUUGGGCCGGAUGGGCGGUGCGCCGCAGCAGGCGACAAACCUCGGCUUGCCGAGACUACAUUUUUCGGUUGGUUGGGCUCAACCAACUACUGUUAACAGAGAAGAUCAUGAUUGC